ACUUGGGCCUGUUACACACGACCAGAAAGGAAAGGAACGUCGUACGCUCAUUGGCUGAUUGGCUUUUAGGUUCAUUAAAUAAAAAGAAAAAACUAUUUUCAACCGAAGUGAGACGUCUUAAGGAAGCGAAUAGCAUCAGAAGGAGAAUAAACAUGGCAGGAGAGAAAUGCGAGUUCGAGCAAACCUUUACCUUUACUCCUCUUCCCUCGAAGAAGCCCUCUUUCUUACAGGAUAAAGACACGUUAGCGUUGUUAAUGAAAUGGUGAGUUCUGAAGUUUGUCUUCCUUAAAGCGUAAUAGAUUUCAGCACAACAUCACUUCAGGUGUUCAUGUUAACCCGGGGCUGUGAUGGAUGAUGUGUUUGUGUUUGGUCAUUUUAGGUCGAUGCUUGGGAGGAUGUCAGCUCAGACUUUCAGCUUUGACCAGACCUUUUACCCUUACAAUAGUGAAAAGUUUGCACUGGUACGACCCAUAACAAUGACUGAUAUAUUUAAGUCGCUCCUUCCUUUUUUCAUAGAAAAUGAUGCUUAAAAAACCCAAAUACCUGUUGUCUGUUUUGAUAAAGUGUCCUCUCAUGUUUGGUCUGAUUAGAGUGAUUUUGUUGUCACUUUACAUCUGCAGGGUUUCUUCAAAGAUCCUACUGUAGUUUCCACAUUGAGGACCACAAUAGAAGGAGCCUGGGCGCCUAUUGGUAUGCCUCAAAUCACCUAAAGUGGAAAAUUGGUCUCAUCUGCAGGACAAUAAUUCAGUUUUGUGUCUUUUCUGUGUGUUUUGUAGACAAGCCAGUGGUGUGUGUUGAUGUGGAGCAGGUGCCCUGCACUCAGGUCUCCAUGGAGCUGUUUGAUCCCAUCUACUCCUGUGGGAUCCUGAGGCCCUCUGGACAUGUAGUCAAAUGCUUUCAUGACAUCUACCCAGAUUAUGAUGAACUCAGACAGGUUAAUCUCUCUGUCUGUUUUUUUCUUUUUAACCACUGGUGUCUGCCUUUCUUUUUUUAAUCAAUGUAGAGUGAGGUCACAGCUCCUCUGUUUUUCCAGAUGCUACAGGAGGAAGACUCCAAGUGCUACUAUGUGAUUGGGAGAGAGGAGCGAAGAGAAUUUCUGUUUCGCAUCUUCAAGCAUCUGUGCAUCGGAGGAGAGCUCUGUCAGUAUGAAGACAUGGUGGAUCCAUACAUCAACACCACAAAGCUUAUCUAUAAGGACCUAAUCAGGUGGGUUGAAUCUACCUGUCUUUGCUGUCACCCUUAAACCACUUCUGUCCAGUAGGCUCAGUUAUUUUCUGAAUUAUAAGUCUAACCUUUGCUGCAUAGUGUCCAGAAGGAUCCAGAGACCAAGAAGAUCAGCGUUGUCUCCACUGUCCUAAAAGUCUGUGCCCAUGUGAGUGUUGGCUCGUACGUCUAUUCCAGUCAGAAGUUUGCAAACGUGCAAUCAUGUUUAUAUUACAAAUUAAGGAGUGAUCAAAAUACAGCGUUAAAGAUAGACUUCUCUCAUAAACCCAGCUUUAAAUGACCUUAAGGCUUGAGGUUUUUUUUAACAGAACACACCAGUGAAUCUGUGCUGCUGUGUAGCUGCUCUAUUUAAAAAGACCACUCUAUCAAUAACUGUUACAAAUAUAUGAUCAAGAAUUAUAUUAUAAACAGUUAAAAGAACAAAAAAAGUUCCAGUUCUUACCUGUCUUUCACUUUUCAUUGCACUCUUGACUUUUUCGUGAUUGUGAUUGUCAUGUCUUUAUUUUUCCCUCUGUAGGAUGACUCUGGGAGAUGUUUCCCUGGAGAGCCAGAGGAGGAGCAGACGUUUGCCUAUUUGAUAGUGGAUCCCUACAAGAGACACGUGACUUUGUUUUACCACCGCUACGGUGUGGGAAACUUGACAGGGUGAGGGGGGAAGAGGUGAAACAAAGGCCUGUGUCCUGUCAGUCCUUUUUUUUGCUGAUGUUCGGAGUCUUCAAGUGGUCAGUGUUUUCAACUGUUAGGAACCUGCUGUUUCAGUUAGCUUUGGCGCCUCUGUGGAGCUUUAUAGAGGCACAAAGUAGUGUUUCUUAACAAAUGGUGUUUGAGUUCAAGGGCCUGUGUGCAGCUAGUGCCACAGUGGACACAGACCAGGGUAUGUUAAAAUUUUCACAUUCUUAAUAACACUAGCUAGAUUUUUUUUUUACUCUGAACAUGUCAUGGUAAAAUGUUGAAAAACUCUAAAUAAAACAAGAGAUAAGAGCCAG